AUGAAAGGAGCUGUAAGGGAACGAGAAAAAGGAGGAUGGAAGCCAAUUCUUUAUGGAAGGGGGAAAAAGAUUCUAAGGAGCUCUAAGGAUGGUAGAUUUGGGUUGUACACUAUUUUUGUGGAUAACCUUCCUUGGUCUAUGAGUCCAAAAGGUCUUCAUUCUCUGUUUAUGAAGUUUGGAAUCAUCAGAGAUGUGUUCAUUCCAAAUAAAAUACGGAAAGCAACAAAGUCAAGAUUUGGUUUCGUCAGGUAUGAUUGCAAAGUUGCAGCAGCUAUGGCGGUUCAAAAAACUAAUGGGGUGUGGUGUGACGACAAGGCAAUUAAGGUCAAGGUAGUAGAGUUUGGAAAAGACGAAUUAGUAAAACCGUUUAAGAAGAACCAAUGGGUCAACAUUGUCGAAGGGAGGAAUGAGGAUCGGGUUACAACAACAACAUGUCGAGUUCUUACACAGAGGUUGUUUGGACAAAAAUCUUAUGUUGCAGCUUUAUACGAUGAUCCCAAUAGUGGGAGGAUGAGUCAUGUAGUAUAUGUUAAUGAAGUAGGGAAUGGUUGGCUUUAUGAUAGCCUUGUUGUUAAGUUGAAAUGCCUCCAAGCUUUUCCUGAGUUAAAAAAAGCGGUUCUUGAAAGAGGCUCUAAGGAUAUUGGGAGCAAAAUUGAAGGUUAUGGGGAGGAGGUGACUGAGAUUGAUGAAGAAACUUCUAAUCAGAUAUCAUUUAAGUAUGGGAGAAUUAAAGUUGCUACCAAUUUUAUGGAUCCCAUUAAUACAAUUGUAUAUGUGAAAUACAAAGAUAGAAGUUUCCCAGUUAGAAUUUGCGAGUAG